AUGUCCAAUUUUCAGCCGUCUUGUUUUGUGUUUUUAUGUCAGAGUGCUCAACUGAAAGAUGUCAUCAUCAAGCCUGACGCUCCCAGCUCUCUGCUGCUGGACAAACAUGCAGACUACAUCGCAGCCUACGGCUCCAAGAAGGACGACUAUGAGUACACGCUGUCGGAGUACCUGAGGAUGAGCGGCAUCUACUGGGGCCUGACGGUGAUGGACCUGAUGGGCCAGCUGCACCGGAUGAACCGCCAGGAGAUCGUAGAUUUCAUCAAAGCCUGUCAGCACGAGUGUGGCGGCAUCAGCGCCAGCAUCGGACACGACCCUCACCUGCUCUACACCCUCAGCGCCGUCCAGAUCUUGUGCCUGUAUGACAGUUUGGACGCCAUCGAUGUGGACAAAGUGGUGGAAUACGUGAAGGGGCUCCAGCAGGAGGACGGCUCGUUUGCAGGAGACAAAUGGGGAGAAAUCGACACGCGGUUUUCUUUCUGUGCUGUUGCUACGCUGGCAUUGCUGGGAAAGAUGGACACGAUAAACGUUGACAGAGCCGUGGAGUUCGUCUUGUCUUGCAUGAACUUCGACGGAGGUUUCGGCUGCAGGCCGGGCUCAGAGUCCCACGCUGGCCAGAUUUACUGCUGCACCGGCUUCCUGUCGCUCACGGGUCAGCUGCACCAGCUCAACGCCGACCUGCUGGGCUGGUGGCUCUGCGAGAGGCAGCUGCCGUCCGGAGGCCUCAACGGGCGACCCGAGAAGCUUCCAGAUGUUUGCUACUCCUGGUGGGUCCUGGCGUCUCUGAAAAUCAUCGGCAGGAUUCACUGGAUCGACAAAGCCAAGCUGCAGCGCUUCAUCCUGGCCUGCCAGGACGAGGAGACGGGAGGAUUCGCCGACCGACCAGGAGACAUGGUGGAUCCGUUCCACACUCUGUUUGGUGUGGCGGGCCUCUCGCUCCUCGGCGACGAGGCGAUCAAGCCGGUGAACCCCGUCCUGUGUAUGCCGGAGGACGUCCUGCAGAGGGUCGGCCUGCAGCCCGACCUCCUCAGCUAGCGCCCCUUAGCUAACACAUCAUGAUGAUGAACUGAAACGCUGCUCCGCCCCCAAAUCGGCCCCUCACACCGGCCCCCAGCCUGAGUUAUGACCACUACAGCUGCUCCCUGGAUGCAGAUGGACGACCGCUGCACUGCUUUUCAUCCAUCUGUGUUUGGAAGAAACCGUCAGAAAAUGACAUUCCUUCGUUUCUCACGUCGUUUUUAGGAGGAAAACCUGGAAAUUUUACACAUUUCCUCUCAUUGCAACCACAAACUUCACUACAGUUUAUUGGGAUUUUUGUGAUGGAUCCACUGGAAAUACUCCAUAGUUGUGAAGUAGAAGGAAAAUGUUACAUUUUUACAAAUAAACAAAUUAAAAAUGUCCAAAGUUGAUGUUAUCCAUCCUUUUAUCAGCCUAGAGUUUAUUUAUGGAUGUCAGGAUAACCUGAACACCACAUGAUGCUCUUCUCAGGCUUUUAUUUGUGAAAAAUAUUUUAAAGUUUCACAAUUAUGUCUUACUUUGUAUCGAUCUAAAACACAAAAUCUCAAUAAAAUGCUUUGUAGUUUUUGGCUGAAAUGCAAAAAUAUGGUGAACAUAUUUUGAGGGGCUUCUGCUAAGGCUGCAACAAUUAUUUUAGUUAUCGAUUAAUCGAUUGUUCUGACGAUUAAUCGGAUAGUAAAACUGCCACAUUUGGCAGAAAUUUUAAAGUGUUUUAUAACACUUAAAUAAUCAUAAUUAACCAUUAUAAAUCAUUAUUGAUCAUGAUUAAUCACAAUUAAUUGUUUUAAAUUGUAGCUUAAUCACAAUUAAUUGAUUAUUCCAACAAUCACUUACUGUGAUUAGUCAAUUCGAUCAUUCAUGAUCAUUAAUUGAUUGUCUCAUAAUAGAUUAAUCACAAUUGAUUAUUUCAAUAACAAUUGAUUAUUUAAAUAAUCCAUUAAUCGUUCCAGCCCUCGUUUCUGCCCCCAAACCAAAAAGUUUUUCCAAUUUCAUCAUAAAAGAACUCGAGUUUCUUUACAGGAAAAGGAAAAAUUGUCAGAAGAUUCAGUUUGUUGUGCUCAGUAAUGAAACGGCCUAUAUAAAGUAAGAGCGUGUCUGUGGCUCUCCAGCCACAGGAGUCGCUGCAGUCCGUUUUACGUGUCUCCAUCACACCAACGUGAGCGAAGCUGCUCAAACGGGGAGGUUUCAUUUUAACUGUAAAUGUUUGAUAUUCCAGCUGCAUUAUUUAUUGGAAUCUGUUGCUCUGCAGGAAAUAUUUACUCAAACCUGAACAGAUUCUCCAGUUUCGCUCCACAUCCGUAAAUCUCCUCGUCUUUCACUGUCGGUAAAUAACUGCUGAGUGUGUUUUGUUAUAAAGCUUUAUGAACGAACAUCAGUGUUUUAAUGUCUGAAUCCAAACUAAAAAUGAUGAUUUGCUAAAUUAACACAGUUACUAUACGAAUAGUUUGUUUACAGAAGGGUUAAUAUGUUUUAACAAAUUAAAAUCAGAUAAUUAAAAA